AUGCAGACUGCUUCUACAAACAUUUGUGAAAGAAUGUGCAAUAAGUCCAUCCGUGACAUUUCCUUGCUACUAAAUAUUCCACGGUCAACUGUUAGUGUUAUUAUAAUAAAGUGGAAGCAACUGGGAACAACAGCAACUCAGUCACAAAGUGGUAGACCACUUAAAAUGACAGAGCAGGGUCAGCGCAUGCUGAAGCGCAUAGUUGGCAGAAGUCACCAACUGUCUGCAGAGUCUUCCUUUGGAAGGCUAAAGACCUCCAAACUUCAUGUGGCCUUCAGAUUAGCACAACUACAGUGAGUAGAGAGCUUCAUGGAAUGGGUUUCCAUGGAUGUUCAGCUGCAUCCAAGCCUCACAUCACCAAGUGAAUUGCAAAAUGUUGGAUGCAGUGCUGUAAAGCACACCACCACUGGA